AUGGCACAGAUUUCAGCAAGAAGCGAGGACGAUGAGGGUGGGAUAAUCUCAGCCUCCAGGAUGUGCCAAUUGUUCCACGUGAACUUCAGCCACCAGACUGGAAUCGCUCUGCAUUAUAAUCCACGUUUAAACAAGAACACGGUGGUCCGAAACACCAAGCAGCAUGGGCAGUGGGGCUCUGAGGAACGAAUGGGAUUAAUGCCAUUCCAGCGAGGGCAGCUGACCAUCAUCUGUGAACAAAGAUCCUUCAGGAUUGUAGUGAACUGGAUGCAGGCCCACACCUACAACCACCGCUUCACUCCUCUACAUAACAUCAAUAGCGUGGAGAUCGAGGGAGACAUCCAGCUGACCUCAGUCAUGGUUUAGAUUCUGUGUUCAGUCACAGAAAUGGAACUUGUAAAACCUCUCUGCUUCCACCAAAGAAAAACAACCCAAAACAUGUUUUUUUUUUUUAUUACAGAAGUUUUUAAUUUCUGGAAACUACUGGUGUUCAAGUGGCAGAGUUUGUCAUUUACUACCAUCUAGUGGUCAAGUUGUAUACAAAAAAACAAAUAGAAUCAACCUGGAUCUAUCUUGGGAUUAUAAAACUGUUUAUCAUCCAUCCAGAGAUUUUC